UCACGAGGUUAUCGGGAUAGAAAAGAUUUGCGAUAAUCAAUGAUGUGUAUGCGCACACGCCAAUGAUUAAAAUGCGAGUCUCUUGCGAUUAUUACGAAAAGACUCUUUCGUUAUCGUACGUUAUUAAUCAGAACAGUGUGCCGUAUUAAUAGAAGAAAGUCGUUUGCUGACAUUAAAGAAAAUCGUUUCGAAUAAUAAUACGAAAUAGAAAAAAACGUGAUUUUAAUUUACCAGACCCGAUCAUCGUUCGCAACAAUAAAAAAAUGUAUAUAUUUAUGUAACUAUGUAAGAGUUGAUGUAAACUAUGCAAAAAUUUUACAAACAAACGUACGAAGUUGAAAUAUACGGAAGGAAGUAUACGGAAGGAGAGCGCUCGAGGUGAUAUAAUUACAAAAAUGGAUAAGUAUCGUCACGUACACUUUUAUAUGACAUGCGUAUUGUGCGAUUCGUCAUGAUCUCGGAUACUUGCAACAAAAUGGAAGAAACAAAGUAUAUAGGUCUCUUAUGUACUUCUAUGUUGUAUACGCGUUUACAUAUAUAGAUCGUAUAUGCUUAUUUCUGACGAAACUCUUACAAACGAGUGACCGGUCCGACGGCCCUGACAUUCGCAAUGAUACUUUCUUGCAACUGGAAAUAAACAGGAUAUUAUUGGAAAAGUUAAAAUUUUCAGGAAAAACUCAAAUCAUCAAUCAACAAAUUCGAAUUCCUUCUUCGCCUUUUCCGUAACUGUAGUUAGUCCACUACAUUAUAAUCACAAAUACAAACAAUCCUUAAACUUACGAUGGUAACAUCUUUAACUGCUGUCACAACUAAUAAAUGUUUAAAUAACUUUUUCAAUUUGCAAUUUUUAAUCAAAGUUGUUCCUCUGUAACACAGUAACCUCAAUAUUAGAGAAUGAAAAAAACGUGUUGCGCAUAAAUCGUUUGCAACAACUCGAUUAUCGGAAAUAAAAUAUACGUCGACGAUGCGUUAUUCCUUUCCUUAUCGUUUCUUAUAAUUGUAUAUACGAGAAAAGACUUCGCUUAAAAUAAGCGCGAAAGAGGGGCAAGUUCAGCGUUAUUAUCUCUUUACGCUUAGUUUACUACGAAUCUACUUUGACUUUUUUAUUCGUUCACUUAAGAGUAUUCGUUGAGAAAUUUUUCCUCUAAAUUAACUGAAAAUAUGAAAUUUAAUAUAACGAGUCAUACAAAAGAAUUGAAAUCUAAUAAAAAUUAAUUGACCGAUCGUUUAAAUAUUCAUCGCAAAUCUUUUCGAUAAACUCCGUUGAAAAACUCGAUUCAUCUUACCUGCCCUUAUGCGUGAAUAAGUAAUUGGAAAGUACAACAGUUCUUGUCACCUCUAAUAUACUACAGGCAAAUCUGUCAAUUAUUGUUCUCAUUAAGGCAGUAGAAUGUGCGCAUAGUCGAUGAUUAAAAAUUAAAUUCACUUCGGAGAACGGAACAGGUUAGUAACGAAGGUGCCCGAUGUCAUUCGAAGUUAGAGCAUUCGAACUCGAACUACCAUGAGAAAUUUCGUUUGUUUCGCGGCAUUGUUUCUCAUGAUUCAAGCAGAAAUCUGUCUACGCCUUUUAAAGAAUAAAGAAGAGAGCAGAAUCUUGCAGAAAAGUCCAGGUCGGAUUUGGAGAUGGGAUUCGAUCGCAGAAAACUUUGUUCCAUUGGAAGCAUUGAAAUCGAACAACGGACUCGUGUGUAGCGUCGAUUUCGUCAAGGACUUGGCCAUGAAAUCAAUCACGGUGGUUGCCGAUAAUAUGAAUCCGUACAUCAUAAUAAAUGCAAAUCAGAGCCAAGUAACAGGAUUCAUAGGGGACGUCUGGAUGACUUUGGAAGAAACCUUAAAAUUCACAGCGGGAUCGUCGGCCGGCUGGACGCUGACGAAUGGUCGAGCUCACGCACUCUUGGAAGCUACGGUGAUUUACUCCUACACCUCCGGUUAUUACACUUACAGUGUUCCGAUCACGACCAACUAUUAUGCUUUAUUCGUGCAAUCCGAAGGUACGAGAGUUUCAACGUGGUGGUAUGCUAGUAUUUUCAGUCGAAAUCUAUGGAGAGUAACGGGAUUAUUUAUUGUUUGUAUCGUAUUCAUCAUUAUGGGAAUUAAUGCAUUAAGAAAAACAAUCUGUAAAUUUGACAUCGAAUGCGACGACGAAUUCUCGUCUCUUUCAUUCGUCUUCCUUUACGUUUUAAGUGGCAUAAGUGGUCAAGGUUGCCAGAAAAUUCCGUUGAGCUGGUCGUUACGUUUGACGAUCCUCUCAUUUUUGUUUAUGGGAAUGUCACUAUUUUGUGGGUUUAGUAGUACCCUAACUUCGUAUUUAACAAUCGGGAUAACGUCAGUACCUCUUACUAGUUUAAAAGAUGUUGCCGAAAAACGUACUCAUUCUUUAUGUGUGAGAAACAAUAGCGGUGCAUACAUUCACUUCACAGUGAACGGAUUAAGAGAAGAGGAUUUAAUGCCGGAAUGGAAGGAUCUAGUGAAUAAGGAUUGUCCUGAUACCAUGAAUAUGCUUACUAUCGGCUCAAAUCUUUGUACCCCUGGUUUUGUUUAUUUAGAAGGGCCAGACAUUUUUCUAUCGAUUUAUCAACAAGUAUUAAACCAAUGUCACUACGUGCAAUUACCUCAACCAUAUUGGAUCUUGAAAUUAGCUUUUCAACAUGCCAGGUCCUCGAAAUAUAGAAAGAUCAUCGAUCUAUACUUGAUGCGACUCCGUUCGGUCGGUAUAUUAGAUUACCUUGAAAAAAAAUGGAUAAAAAAAGAACAGAACAUUUUAAUACAGCCUCAAUGGACUGAUUUUCGUGCUGUCGAAUAUGGUCAUAUACAUAUCGUAUUUUCAAUGCUCUCAAUCGCUGCUUUAUUUAGUGUGCUGAUAUGCGUUCUUGAAAAUAUUUUUUACAGACAGCAAAUAUUGCCGCAAGAAAAAACUUUAUACGUUACUAAUCGAAAAAUUGCAAUCCCUUGAUAUUCCAUCUUUUAUCGACAUGAUCGAACAUCACGAGUUUUUAUCACGAAAAGAAAAAUUUCUUUUUCAUGGAAAAUGAGUUGUAGAAUAUUUUCGUAUUAUUGAUGCUUAUUUUACCUCGCAUUUUCUUCUAUAUCGAUACAAUGUUAGUCGAUAAAGAAAACGUAAUUUAUUAGUAGGUAACAUUCCCUAGUUUUUAUGAAAUUUUUUCUCGGCAAUUAUACGUUUCAAUAUCUUUUAAAUUUAAUGAAAAAACAAAAAAAAUUUUCUAAUAGAUAUACCUAUAUACACACCCACAUGUGUAAAUGUGUACAAGUACGCGAGCAUACGCGCGCGCACGUAUGUAUUUGUAGGAAAAUUAAUAAAAACAUAAGUAUAAUAUUUUAGGAACAUAUUUUACUAAUUAAAGUUUACAUCUGUUUUUAAAAGAGCCCUCUUUUAAUCGGUAAAGAAUAAUGUCGAUAACAAAUGCUCUACAUUACCGAUUAUUUCAUCAUAUUCUUUCUUUCUAUCAUGGCGUGAUUUUCAUUAUGUAUGUACU